AUGAACGAAGACAACGCUCGUUUCUGCCUGCUGGCCGCCCUCAUCCUUCUCUACUUACUGUGCGGGGCGGCCAUCUUCUCAGCCUUGGAGUACCCGUUUGAGCUGCGUGCCCGCCUUCUCUGGAAACAGCAGCUGGACAACUUCACCAGGAGGUACAGGGUCAACCUGGGCGCCCUGCACACUCUGCUGCGGCAGUAUGAGGAGGCGAACGGAGCCGGGAUCAGAGUGGACGCUUUGAGGCCACGUUGGGACUUUUCUGGAGCUUUCUACUUUGUGGGCACAGUGGUUUCCACUAUUGGCUUUGGUAUGACUACCCCAACGACUAUUGCAGGAAAAAUAUUCUUAAUCUUCUACGGGCUCAUUGGCUGUGCUGCCACCAUCCUGUUCUUCAACCUCUUCCUGGAGAGGAUCAUCACCAUGUUGGCGUACAUCAUGCGCUGGUGUCACGAGCGACGCCUCAAGUUUGCUGGAGUUGGGGUGGUGUCAAGCAGGGAAGAGGUGUCUGGAGAGGAGGACAGCCUGGAGGGCUGGAAGCCGUCAGUCUAUUACGUGAUGUUGAUCCUGGGGGUGGCCUCUGUUGUGAUUGCGUGCAGUGCCUCCACUCUGUACAGCUCCAUGGAGAACUGGAGCUACGUGGACUCCCUCUACUUUUGCUUUGUGGCUUUCAGCACCAUUGGCUUCGGGGACCUGGUGAGCAGUCAAAGAGAGAAGUACGAAUCUCAGGAGGCCUACCGGCUUGGAAACUGCCUUUUCAUUUUGAUGGGAGUGUGUUGCAUCUACUCACUUUUCAAUGUCAUCUCCAUUGUCAUCAAGCAAACUCUCAACUGGAUCCUGGGUAAGCUGAGGCGUCGGCCUGCACACCUAAAAUCAAAGCGCAUGAAACGCAACAAGGUGCAGCCCGUCCCGUCCCACUGCCCGGCGGGAAGGCACCGCUACACAGACGGCUCGGUGGAGACCGUUUGCGACAGUGAGACGGACGCUGGCGCGGUGGCUGAAGUUUAUGUGGGACGGCGUCUGUCAGGAGAGAUGAUUUCUGUCAAUGAGUUCAUGGUGUCCAACAAGGUGUCUCUGGCACUGCUGCAGAAGCAGCUGAGUGAAACAGCUCACCAGGGCCCACGGCAGAGCUACGGCCAUCAAAAUGGAUUCUCUGGUGGCGUGGGGGCCUUGGCAAUUAUGAAUAAUCGUCUGCAGGAGACUAGUGUGGAUAGAUAGCAUCAGAGCAAUAGCUGUUAUUUAGAACAUUGCUUUAUGUUCCCAAUAAUGUAGCCAUUCCCAUUUUCUUCCUCAUGAAGUGAUUCUCUAUAAAAUCAAUGCUUUGUCCUCUCAACUGGAGAAUUCUGACGAUAGAAUAAAUUGCUCUGUAUUAGAAUCUGUUUGGUAAGAGCAGUUUAUGCCGAUAAUAGCAGACUUCCAGCAGGGACCCUGGACAGCAUCUAAUUGUUCACAUUUUGCUCGGUAAGGAGAGAUUAAAAAAGAUGAAUACAGUUGGAAGAAUUCAACAUCACUGUGAAGAAGGGGCUGAUGUCCUGAAGUGAUUGACUCAUACAAAAGCAAUCAGAUGAAAGAAGCAGUAAAGGACCACUUAAAGAGGACUGCUGAUUCAAGAGUGCUGCGCAUGUCCCCUGAGCUCCUCAACAGACAUGGUCGUAUGUGAGGUGGUAGUCAAUGUUAGUCGACGUACAGACGCUAAAGCCACAGUCUCCCCUUAGACAACCAGACAGGGUUAAAUGUGAAUUGUGUUAAAUGUGACUAAAUGUGAUUCACACCGAGUUUCUCAAACACACUGCAGGAGCUCACAAGCGCCAAGAAAGAAACAUUUUAAUUUGUUGAUUGCUCACAUCUUUCGCCGUUGCAUGUCAUUGAAAUUCAUGGAAAGAGAUCUGGAACAUCUAAUCAAACCUGGGCUGUAGAGGAGGUCCUUAUGUCAACGAGUGCUUUGCAAAUAGUCGCAGGAUUACAUAGAUGAGAGCGUAGAGAAAGAUUUCGGCUCUCGUGGCUAGCCGGAUGAGAUCCAUUACUAUGCAAGAAGACCAGUUUUAACCCAUUCUGUGUCAUUCUGUAUCACGUAUGUGGAGACAAAAUCAUUAAGGUUGGUGCGGCGAUGCUGUCUAUUUCUUCUCACUGUUAGGAAAGUAGUGAGUUAUUAUGGGUAAAAACGCAACAAGUCGUCAUUGGAACAUCUUUUUAUUUAGAUUCAAAACGAUCAUGACUCUUAUCAGUUUAUGUCUAUACACAGAAAAUAACUCACUAAUAAUGUAACAAUGUCGUAUGACACAGGUAUAAUAACCCAUCCUGAUCCAUUCUGAUGCUGUUCAUCAACUAUGUAAAAGAUGAAUAAGGCAGCACAGUACAUAUCAUCCAAUGCAUUGAAAAAAUACAUUUCACAUGAACUUCUUUUAGGAAUAUGUCUACAAAUGUUUAGAUUUAGAGAGAACUGCAGAACAUGUAUACAUAGAACUUAUUCAUCUAAAACUGGAGUCGACAAAGUGGAAUCGAAAACCGUUCGUUUCUCAUUGUUAUAUCUCUGGGGAAAAGAGGUAAAAGCAAACACCUCUUCAGAAAAGAUAUGGCAUGAUUACAUCUAUAGAUUGUGAAAUGUAUUUUUUCUUCAUGUGUGUGUAGAAUUAAACGUGUGAUCUGUGUUUAUUUGCCUGUCACUUUUGGGCACAGAGGAGAAAAUAUAGAUUUGUGCAUUUCCAUGAGCUGCCAAACUGUUCACGCUGUUAGCAUCGCCUGUUGGUACAAAUGGAUAAAAUGCAUGCUUUUGGCUUACA